CGUAUGACAGAGUGUUGUGCUCGAGGAGGACGUGGGAGCGGCAGCAGCGGGAGCGGCGAGUAGCAACCGCGACAGAAGCCCGGAGAGCUCGUUGCCCGGCGCGGGGCUCUGGGCAGAGCCUGCCUCGUUCUCGCGCGCGUCGCGUACGUGCGUCGCCUUUUGGCUCACCUGCUGCUCGCCAGUCGUGACAGGCCCUUGCCAGGACGCCACGACUGCCUACGGUUCUCGCUUGCUGCUGGCGACGCAAGCUAAGCCCGCACAUGCCGGCCCGGGUGCGCUAACGCGGAUGGCGCCGCUGAAAACUCCUUCCAGCUUGUCACGGCUGCGGGGCAGCCUCGCAUUGCCUCCUCGCUCUUGCCUCCCGCUGCUGGCGCCCUGAAACGACGACCUGCGCCUGCACCGCCUCCUGCUUCGCCAACCGGCACCCGAGCGUCGUGAGAUCGGCUGCCCUCAGGGGUUCGAACAUGCCGUUGCGUGUGCGCCAUUCCAGCCACUCUUCCUCAUCCCGUGCCCGUGGUGCCGCAUCUGGUCGUUCGGUGCCCGUCAUGGGCGCUGGGAGCUGAUUCUCCGCAGAGACUUCUGUGAGGCGAGAGAGGAAGGGGUGGGAGUGGAGGAGGAUGAACCACGUGGGCAGUCCUGUGAAAGCUUAUGACUUCUUGCUGAAAUUCCUGCUGGUGGGGGACAGCGACGUGGGUAAGGGGGAAAUUCUAGCUAGCCUGGAGGAUGGAGCCACAGAGUCGCCCUAUGGAUACAAUAUGGGUAUUGAUUACAAAACAACAACUAUACUUCUGGAUGGUCGCCGAAUAAAGCUGCAGCUGUGGGACACAUCUGGGCAAGGCAGAUUCUGCACCAUAUUCCGUUCCUAUUCUAGAGGAGCCCAGGGUGUGAUACUUGUAUAUGACAUAACAAAUCGUUGGUCAUUUGAUGGCAUUGAUCGAUGGAUAAAGGAGAUUGAUGAGCAUGCUCCUGGUGUGCCAAAAAUCCUGGUUGGCAACCGCCUGCAUCUAGCCUUUAAGCGGCAGGUCUCUACUGAGCAAGCCCAGGCCUAUGCGGAAAGAAUAGGCAUGACAUUCUUUGAAGUAAGCCCACUUUGUAAUUUCAACAUCACCGAAUCCUUUAUGGAACUUGCAAGGAUAGUGCUAAUGAGACAUGGAAUGGACAGGCUAUGGAGGCCAAACAAAGUUCUGAGUUUGCAAGAUCUUUGCUGCCGUGCCAUAGUUUCAUGCACCCCUGUACACCUUGUGGACAAACUUCCACUCCCUGUUGCCUUAAGAAGUCACCUGAAAUCCUUCUCUAUGGCUAAUGGACUUAAUGCUAGGAUGAUGCAUGGUCGUUCCUACUCCCUCACCUCCAGCAACAACAAGAAAAGGAACAGUCUGAAGAAAGUCAAAAUCAUCCGUCCGCUCCAGAGCCCUCCAAAACACUGCACGAGAAACAGUUGUAAAAUUUCCUAAGCAUCGCAGAGUUUUGGUCAAAGCCUUUAACACAAGGACUGAGUAGCCAGGGCUGCUGUGUGUAUUGCAUUACACAAACAGAACAAAGAAACCUGCUAUUUUAGAGUCAUUUGGUUUUAAUAAUGCUGCUUCAAGAUGUAUGAUGCACCCUGUGCAUACAAAGAGAUGUAAAACGUUGCUGUUGGAUUUUAUAUCUAUCCAUUUUGAUGUGCAUGAAAACUUUUGUGUUUUAUAAAGGGAAUAAUUUAUCAUACUGAGCUUUCAUCUCAGAAAUGACUCAUUUUUAAUUACUAAAUUGAACAGUCAAUCACACCAUUUUAUUUGCAGUUUGGAAUAAGUGUCAAUCUGUAGAUUCAGGCAGUUUUUAACACAAUGUAUUGUAUACAUUGUAAGGAAUACAAGUGGUGAAAUAAUUCUAGUAAUGUUGCAGUAGAGCAUUCAAUCCUGGUUUUGUACAUUUUUUUCAGUGAUUUUUGAAGCACUACUUUAAGCUACACAUGUGUGUAUGCAGUAUGCACAUGAUUUUGUCCAUCCAUGUAUAAAACCUUUGAUAAAGUUUUUGCUAUGUUGUUUAGGGAUUAAUCUGUGGGUUAUAUGCUUAUUUUUCUGCUAAAUCUACAUUUUUGUAUUGGAUAUUCAGUGAUCAGUUAUAUAGCACGAAAAAGCCAAAGAUGUUGAGAUGUAUUUGCAACAGCAGUAAGAAGAAUGUGAUUUGAAAAGCUGCUUUAUCAGGAAAAGACAUUUAUUUAAAAUAAAUAAAAUUGCUACUGAGAUGUAUGUGUUUCCAAA